AUGUCUCCCGAACACCCUCCACGGACAAGAUCUAUCCUCGUCAUCGGGGCUGGCGAACUUGGGUCAGCGAUCCUGCACGCUCUCAUAUCUCAUCCGCGUUAUAACCCGCAAUCGACAAGCAUAACCCUUCUGGUUCGACCUGCCACGCUAUCGAACCCCUCGCCGGAGAAAAGCAAACAGCAAUCCGAUCUCCGUGCUCUCGGCAUCAUUUUGGCACCAGGGGAUGUCGAAAGCUCAGAAGAAGAAUUGACCACGCUUUUCCGCCCCUAUAGCUCUGUCAUUCACGCUGGUGGCAUGGCAUUGCCGCCUGGAUCGCUGCUCAAACUCACCCGCGCCAUCCUUGCAGCUGACGUACAGUACUACGUUCCCUGGCAGCACGGGGUGGACUACGACGCCAUCACACGCCGGGGCGGACAGGGCAUGUUCGCUGAGAAAAUUGACGUGCGGGAUCUGCUCCGUUCGCAAAGCUCGACGCAAUGGGUCGUGCUGAGUUGUGGGGUCUUCAUGAGUUUCCUAUUCCAGGAGUUUUGGGGCGUAGUGCUGCGGUUACCAGAUGGCAAGGUCCAGACCACUGCACUGAAUUCAUGGGACGAUGUGAUCACGACGACGACCGCAGAGGAUAUCGCGCGAUGUACGGCCGAGUUGAUGUAUAAUGCCGACACGCCAGUGAACAGGCCGGUGUACAUCGCUGGGGAUACGUUGACAUACGGGCAAUUUGCGGAAGUGGUGGGGAGGGCAAUGGGGAGGGAGGUUGUCAGGCAGGUCUGGCCGCUGGAGUAUCUUCGGAAAGAGAGUCAGAAGGAUCCGGUGGAUAAGAUCAAGAGGUAUAGGGUGGUGUUCGCAGAGGGGAAAGGGUUGAGUUGGCCGAAGGAGGAGACAUGGAGUGCGAAACACGGGAUGGAUUUGAUGGGCGUAGAGGAAUGGGUUAGGAGGAACUUUGCAUGAGUGCUCUCUAGCAGUAUUGAGGGUGGUGUGGUGGUGGACUCUUGUUGUCUGAGAAGGUGUUUUGAUGGAUGUGAGAUGUGAGAUCUAAGGAGAACCGAAUGUUUUGACGGUGGACAAAAAGGAUCGAAAAAUUUGGUGAUGUAAUUUGU